AUGCAGGCAAGGGAGGAGCUUAUCCCGUUCGACGAGUUCCAGAUAGGGCUGGAUCGGUCCGCCAUCGAUCAUAAAGGGCAGAUUCAGCUUCCCGAACAGCAUCUGCCCAGGAGCGGCAGCAAAGCACCUCGCCAGGACGCUGACAAGCAUACCGAACCUGCAACUAACCAGUCGUCAUCUCAUCAUAUCCUCACUUCGAUCAAAGAGCACAAACAUGAUGCUGCGAAAAAGCUUAGGAAAGCGUUUCACAUCAGCGAAAGCUCUGACAAUCUCAGUUCGGAAUCGCUGGUCCUCGCAGAUACUAGCAACGAGAAGUCUGAUUCGCGGCUUGUAAACAGACUACCUAUGCCAGAGAAACACACUCUGAAGGACUUUGUUGCCAAUCCUGUCGACACUGUGAAGUCCAAGGUCUCUGGACAGGGGUCUCACCAACUCGCCGCGAAUAUCGCCUCGAAAGAGAUAUCUCAUGGCAAGGAGGUCGACCUUGUCAAUGCCCAUUCCGCAGUCGAACGCGCGAAGACAGAUGAAGAAAAGCUACUUGCUAUCCAGGACCUCUCCAUGCUAAUGAAAGAACGACAAAGCACGUUUGUCCGGUGGACACUCGAUCGGCAUAUUACGAAGGUCAGGGUAUUGCCCCGAGAUACCUUUGCAAGGAAGUCUAGAGCAGCCUUUGAGACAAAGAACAUUGAAGGAGAUAUAGUGAUGAAUUGGAGGGCUUACGGACAACAUGCAAGCAUCAUCAUCAACGGACAGUAUAUUGGCUCCGGUUCAGAUCCACCAACCCCUUCCAAAGAGACCAUCUUACCAAACAUUGAGCGCCUGAUAGUUGCAUCUUCACCCUUUCAGGAGUUGAUCAUGACUACCAGACGAGUAUAUCGCUGGGAAAACAGCACAGAAACGACGAAGUAUCUGUUAAUCUACCUCACGCUGUGGUAUUUAAAUCUGAUACUUCCAGGCGUCCUCGCCGCUAUCGUAUACUUUGUCGUAGAUCGCCGCGUCCAUCGCAACACCUUGGAAGACCUUCGCGAAGACAUCAAGCACAGGGAAGACGUGCACAGAACAGCCCUUUCUCUCACCGAAUUCAUCGAGAAGAGAGGAGACGAGAAAUGGGCAAAUGACCUUCUUGAAGGCUCGGGCCGAUGGCUGAUGAUCCAAUUGGCUGACUUGGCAGGUUUCUUCGAGAGUUUGCGCAACUUCUACGAAUGGUUAGUACCUAGCCGGACGAUAGCCACGCUUAAAAUACUCGCUGUCGCCACCCUCUUCACUGCCGUGGCUCCUGUUUGGCUGUUGGCCAAAAUAACGACCUUCGGUGCAGGUGUGAUCUUUUUUGGUCUCUUUCCCCUGGCCACCAACUUCCCAGAGUACCGACUCUUAGUGUCGCCGUCAAAGCGCAUAUUCUGGAACAUUCCUACCCAUGCCGAAUGGACCAUCAAAUACAUCCAAGCCGAAGGAACUCACUACGUAGAGCACGCCACGCAAUUGCCAUCCGCCCCGCCGAUCAAAGUGUCUUCAGGUUCCGAAAAUCUACGUGACUACGGCUUCUAUACUGCUCAUCACGACGACGAUACAGGUCGCCUGAUCAUCAGUACCUCAUCUGUCCGCUUCGUCUCAAAUGUCGCACAUAAAGUCCACUGGCAUCUUACCUACGACCAGAUCAGCAAUCUUGAGAAAUUGGACCGCGUUGUGGCGAAGAACGUACCCAAGCUGAAGAAUGACUCUGGGAAAGACUUGCGGCUUAUUAGCAAGGCGGGCGAGGAAUGGGUGUUGAUCAAUGUGGAUCGGAGAGAUGAGGCUUUCUCACAGAUUGUGGGAUUCAGUGCGACAACUUGGCAGGUAGUUUGGUGAGAAAAAAUUGACCAGUGUACAUGAAGAGCCUGAAAGCAAGUAUAUAAUAUCCAAAAGCCUC